AUGUUGGCGGCUCGCCGCCGGCUGUCCGCCGCCUCCACCUCUCCACUCCUCCGCCACCGCCUUUCCGCCCAGACCCAGCCCACGGCAUCGCCGGCGCAGCCCCCUCCGGAGGUGACCGAUUCGGGGCCGGGAGCGUGGGCCGGCCGCGCGGUGGCGCUCUCGCUGCUGGGCCUGACGGGCGCCGUCGCAGCCAGCGCUGUCAGCGACCUCUCCGUCUUCCUCUCAUGCUCCAGCCAGGCAAUAGAGAAGGCCACCCAGAACCAGCAGAUAGUCAAUGCCAUUGGUAAGCCGAUUGUGCGGGGUCCCUGGUACAGUGCUUCCAUUGCUGUGAAUCACGUGAAGCAUUCUGUCUCCUGCACUUUCCCGGUGUCAGGGCCCCAAGGAAAUGGUCUUCUCAAGCUCAAGGCUAUGCGCUUGGGAGAUGAAUCUUGGUAUUCGUUUCUGCAGCCCGCUGACUGGGAGAUACUGAUAAUGGAUGCCAUCCUUGAUAUUCAUACUGAAGAUGGUAAACACCGAACAAUGAGGGUAACCAUUCCAGACAACACACCUGCUCCGCCACCAGCAGACUGCACCGCGUGCAAGUCCCAUGCAGCUCCACCACCACCUCAGCAUCCUGCGGAGAAGUGA